CCACUCUUUUACAACACUUACUUGGAAGAGACUAUCGUGUUAUUUCUCCUUUGCCAGAACUCUAUUCGCGCUUGAGAAAAGAGAAAGGAAUCAGCAAUCACUGAAGAACGAAGAGAACAAGAAUUUAACAAGGAUUUAUGGGAUAGGAAGUUUGUUUCUGAUCGGACAGCAGUUUUUUGUGAUUCUCAUUGUUAUUCAUUUUUGAAACGAUCAAACAGAACCUGAGAGUAAAGUUCACACUGCUGGAGCUCAAACAGAGAAAAUGGCUUCUCUACAUGUGUCUGCUGAAGAGCUUUCUUGUCCUGUGUGCUGUGAAAUCUUCAAGACUCCUCUUCUUCUGUCAUGUAGUCACAGUGUCUGUAAAGAGUGUCUUCAUCAGUUCUGGAGAACCAAGAAAACUCAGGAGUGUCCUGUCUGCAGGAGCAGAUCCUCAAAACCCAAACCUCCAGUUAAUCUUGCGUUACAAAACCUGUGUGAGUCAUUCCUGAAGGAGAGAAAAGAGAGCCGUUCAUCAGGAUCAAAGGAGAUCUGCAGCUUACACAGUGAGAAACUCAAACUCUUCUGUCUGGAGGACAAACAGCCGGUGUGUGUAGAGUGUGUUACUUCACAACAACACAUCAGUCACGCAAUAAGACCCAUCAAUGAAGCUGUUCCAUCAAAUAAGGAGGCGCUCUAUACAUCACUGAUGGUCUUUCCCAAGAAAAUUAUAGAAAGCAUUAAAGGAAUGUUUGUGAACACAGGACAACACAACAAGAACAUAAAUAAUCUCAUCAAGAAAAGCAUCUUAAUUGAAGAUGGAAAUCCUGUUCAAUACCGUCUGCAAACAAGUACAGACAAUUUGAAUCAAUAUGAACCAUAUAGAAAAAUAAGCUUUGGAGAGAGAGACAACAACAAAUCACAUAACACAAUUCUGCUGGUGGGAGAAACAGGAACAGGAAAAACAAAACUAAUCAAUGUGAUGAUCAACUACAUCUUAGGUGUUCAGAGAGAAGACAAGGUUUGGUUUGAGAUAACAGAUGAUCAGAGCGACCGAACAUCAGUUCACAGUCAGACCUCCAGCAUCACUGUUUAUGAGUUUUAUCUAGAAGUGAGUCAUAUACUUUUUAUGAUUUUAGUCAUUAAAGGAUAUGGAGACACACGUGGAGUUGAGCUUGAUAAAGAGAUUGCUGAGAGUUUGCUUAGUUUAAGUAAAUCUGCAGAAGGGGUCCAUGAAGUAGAUGCAGUGUGUCUGGCUAACAUCAAGUGUCCAGUAAAUGACAAGAAUCAGCCCGUGUUUUUCCUGUUUAACAACUGUCAGACAGACGCUGCUGAUGAAGAUUUUCAGACAUUCCAGGAACAAUCAUGGAAUCUCAGUUUUAGAGGAAUGGAAAAAUUUUUCCAGUUUCUUGAAAAGAUAAAACCAAAAACCCUGAAGAUGACUCAAGAUGUAUUGCAACAGCGAAAGCAGUUGGAGGCAAAUAUCUCUAAUCUGCAAUCACGUGUUCACAUGACAGAAUUAAAAGAAAAUGAACUGAAAAAAACUCUGGAGCAGGACAGGAAAAAAAUCAAAGACAAUAAGAACUUUGAGUUUGAAGUAGAUGUGCCCUACAAAAAGAAGGUUGACAUUGAUUGUUCUCUGGCCAAGAUGGCAACAUGCUGCACCAACUGUGAGGAGAACUGUCAUUAUCCAGGAUGCUGCAGCAACUGCAUUUUCUAUAAGACAGAUGAGGAGAGCAAACCUUCCUCCUCCUGUCCUCACAACCUUCUAAAGAGGCACAACAGAGAGUAUUUUGACCUGCAGCCUCUCAGUCUGGUACAGUAUGGUAGCUGUACAGCUGCAGACAAGAAGUCCAUCCAGAGAACGGUAAGGACAGCAGAGAAAAUCAUCAAGACCUCCCUCCUGUCUAUACAGGAAUUACAACUUCAUGCUGCCACCAAAAUAAUCAGUGACUCCACUCAUCCCACCAAUUGA